GGUGUGUGUGUGCUGCCCACAGGGCGCCAUGGGCCGCGUCAUCCGAGGCCAGAGGAAGGGGGCGGGGUCUGUGUUCCGCGCGCACGUGAAGCACAGGAAGGGCCCGGCAAAGCUCCGCGCCGUGGAUUUCGCCGAGCGGCAUGGCUACAUCAAGGGCAUCGUCAAGGACAUCAUCCACGACCCCGGCCGCGGCGCUCCCCUGGCCAAGAUCGCCUUCCGCGACCCCUACAGGUUCAAGAAGAGGACAGAGCUGUUCAUUGCUGCCGAGGGCAUCCACACGGGGCAGUUCGUGUACUGUGGCAAGAAGGCUCAGCUGAACAUUGGGAAUGUCCUGCCUGUGGGUACCAUGCCAGAAGGGACCAUUGUGUGCUGCCUGGAGGAGAAACCUGGUGACCGUGGGAAGCUGGCCCGUGCCUCUGGGAACUAUGCCACAGUCAUCUCUCACAACCCUGAGACAAAGAAAACCAGAGUGAAGCUUCCUUCUGGCUCCAAGAAAGUGAUCUCCUCUGCAAACAGAGCUGUUGUUGGAAUCGUUGCUGGUGGGGGUCGUAUUGACAAGCCCAUCCUCAAGGCAGGACGUGCCUACCACAAGUACAAGGCGAAGAGGAACUGCUGGCCAAGAGUCCGUGGUGUGGCCAUGAACCCUGUAGAACAUCCCUUCGGAGGUGGAAACCACCAGCACAUCGGGAAGCCCUCGACCAUCAGGAGAGACGCUCCGGCCGGGCGCAAGGUCGGGCUGAUCGCCGCGCGGCGCACGGGCAGGCUGCGCGGGACAAAGACGGUGCAGGAGAAGGAGAACUGAGCACCCGGGGUGCAGGCUUCACAAUAAAUUUGUACCACAGAG